UCCACGAGAAGCCAAAGCUUCACUCCCUUCUGACCUUGUCCUUUAAAGGGUUCUACAGAUGAGUACAAGCUCAUCAGAGCUGGCCGCCAUCGAGGCCCAGCUGGCCUUGCAGCGAGCAGCCCUGGCCGAUAAGAUUUUUGCCCGCUUCGACCAGUCGUCCUCUUCCUCUUCCCGCAAAGCCAAUGGACCAACAGCUUCUGGCUCUGCCUCUUCGCCUUCGGCUUCUAAGAAGAAGCAAGAUAGCAGUGGGGUAGGUCAGGCUCGCAAGGGGGCUGCAGAUGGCGCUGUCGGUGCUAGUGCGCCAUUUGAGCAUCGCCCGCCUACGUUGGGCCUAGGAGCUACAGCGCAGAUGGACAAGGAGGGUACUCAUGGCAAGACGCUUGGCAACGGCAGCAGACACCUGUCCAACGAAGAUGCAAGGUUGCGGGGACGCCUGACUAGUAAGAAGGAAGCAGCGGCAUCUUCUUCUGCCAAUGGCGCUGGCAAGAGGAAAGCCGGCAGCGAAGAGGACGAAGAAGACGAAGAAGACGAGAGCAAGGCUGGCAAGCUCGCAAAGGGCAAGGCCGCUGGAAAGACCAAGGUCGACCCUUUCGCUGCCAAGCCUCCCAAAGCUUCGAAGAAGUUGCAGAAAGACGCGCAAGCGGUACAGGAGACGUCUGAGACGAAGAGCUCAGCAAGUCCUACGCUGCCAGUGCAAGCUGCCGCCUCGGCCCUGUCGAAUGGAAGACUACACACGCCGCCUUCUGGCGAAGAGUCUCAGCUGUCUAAGAACCAGCGCAAGAAACUCAACAAGAAACGAAGGCUCGAGCAAGAGGUGCAAGCAGCCGAAGGAGGCAGGGCAGCCUCACCCACCCUGUCUGUGACUAGCUCUGCAAAGAAGAUGCCUGCCAAGCCCACGAGCACGGUGAAGUUCGCUGCUCGGAGUGAAUCGCCCUCUGCCCCAGCUGACGCUAGCGACAUGGAGGACGCUCCGCAACAAGCUGCGAGCACACUAGAAGCUGGCUCAGCUUAUCGUCCGUCUGGUACGCUUCCGUCCUCGUCAGCACAGCCAGCAUCGACCCUCUCGGUGCACCAGAAAGCUCUACACUCAAAGAUUCAGGGCUCACACUUUCGUCAACUCAACGAGUCUCUCUACACUUCUGAGUCAUCAGAUUCCUUCCGCCUGGCUCAAGAAGACCCGAGCCGUAUGCAAGCAUAUCACGAGGGAUUCAGGGAGCAGGCAAAGAAGUGGCCGCAGAAGCCCUUUGAGAAGAUCGGGGACGUCAUUGUUGGCGAUAUGAUCGCCAGCUGGGAGCAAAUGCUCUCGAAUGGGAGCGGCAAGGGCGCUGCGACUGGGAAGGGCGUCAAGGGGUCCAAGCAGGCUGACGCAUCCAGGCUGAUACCUGUUGGAGCAGUCGUCGCCGACCUCGGGGCAGGUGAAGGACCUUUGACCAAGUACCUGUCAGCUCAUCCCAAGCUCACAGCCAGCAAGGGAGGACUCGCCCCCUCGCUGCAGCCCAGAGUACUCGCCUACGACCUCCUCGAUACCGCCGACGGCAUCGUGCGAGGUGUCGACUGUGCUCAGGUCGGAGGGGUACCGCUACCUGGUCGGCAAGGCGGUGGUAUUCGAGAGCGGAUCAGUCGUCUCGAGCAGCGUGGCUCUCAGACAGCCCUCUCAAAGGACAGAGGCGCAGUAGACGUCGUUGUCUUCUGCCUCAGCCUGAUGGGAACCGACUGGGUGGGCAUGAUCCUCGAAGCACGCCGCAUACUCAAGAACGGCGGGCAGAUCUUGAUCGCUGAAGUCAGCAGCCGCUUCACGGACCCCUCCACUCAGCAAUUCACUAAGCUUGUGGAAAGGCUGGGCUUUAAGCUGAUGGCCAAAGAAGCGGAGAAGGAAGACGGGAAGAAGGACAAGGAGAACAGCCAUUUUGUCCUGCUGAGGUACGCCAAGCUGACGGACGAAGAAGUUCUGGCAAGCACUGGAAAGGGCAAGAAGGGCCGAGGGAACGACAAUGGUCAGGCUAACGGAGCUUCUUCUGAAGCGAGUGAGGACUCUGAAGGCGAAGCUCUGAUCCAAGAGGCGCGUGAGCUGGAUGAGAAGGAGCAGAACAGGCUCCGUCUCGAGGGACAAGCUGUGCUGAAGCCGUGCUUGUACAAGAGGCGGUGAGGCUGAUGAAGAGUCAGAAUAGUAUCCAAUGCAAGGAUUUCUUUCUCAUGCU